AAGAGAAGGGUCAAACCCAAGCACUUUACCAGACAGCAGCAGUGUUCUAGUCAAACGUUAGUGUGAUUUGAAUGCAACUAGAGGGAAUCGAGUUCAUUUCCUGCUCUGUAGCUGCUGUUUGUCUUGUGUACGAGUAGGCAUUGCUAACGUUGACGGAAUUGAUAGAUUGAUUGAUAGAAGGUUGAUGGAACGUUGCUGGUGGAGCGAGGAACAUUGAUGGGGUUGCUGUGGUAUAUGGUAGUUUGGGGCUAGGUGCACUUGUGAUAUUUAGUCUCAAAUAGAGAUGGAGAGCGAAGAAGAACCCCAAGUUAAAGAGAAGGAGCACUCCAAAACCCCAGAUGUGAAGGUCCCCAACAAAUCAAAGACGAAGCGCUACAGCGAGAUCUUCCGGGACUUCGAUAAUUUUGAACUCUCUUUGGUCAACUCCACUGUAGAGGAGAUGUUUCCAGACCCUGACUCCCAGUCGAUUGCUGAGACCGUCUCUACGGAAACCACAGACAACACUGAGCUGGAUCAUGUGACGUGUGAGGAUGUCUACCCCCCAGAUGGCGAUGACAAAGAUGGAGGUCUAUCAGCCCAGGAAGCAGACCUGGCCCUGUGUCGCUGUGAGGGAGGCGUGGAGCUGGCCCUGCAGUAUGCCAAGAUGUGGUGCCGCUACGCCAAGGACCUGCUGGCCUGGAUGGAAAAGAGAAUCAGCCUGGAGCAAGAGUUUGCCAAGAACAUCAUAAAGGCAGCAGAAACGGCUAAGUCCUGUGUGGCUCAGCAGGACAUGAUGCCUCUGCAGUACAUCUACACCAUGGCCCUGGAGCACGAUGUGAAGACCAGCCAGUCUACUAAACAGACAUCAGAACUGCUGCAGCAACGCUGCUACCAGGCUCGUCAGCAGUACCUGCAGCGCAGCGAGGACCUGAAAGACCAAGGCUGUGACGCCAAGGCCGGGACGAGCCACAGCGGACACAAGACACCUGGACAAGAGGAGGAAGAAGAAAGCCAGAAACAGCCCCUACAAACCUUCACCUUCCAGGAGUUUGUCCCUCAGAACAAGAGUGGCCGUCGUAAGACCAGCAACCCCAGCUCUCUACAGGACUCCUUCUCCCUGCCUGAAGAAAGUCUGGUUAAUCGUAAGGGCUACAGUGACAGUGAGAGCAUAGGAGGCAGUCUGGAGUCUCUGUCCAGCCCAGGUAAGCCUGUGUGCUUCAUUUGA